UUAGAUUAGAUUACUCGAAUCAGAACUCGUAUGUCCUUUCCCGGAUUCCGUAGGCAUUCCUUCACUGUCAGUGUGCGGAGACGGCAUCGGUAAAGCCCCAAAUCCUGCUUCAGCUGUAAAUUAUGGAAGAGAUUAAUAACAUUGAAGUCGUUCCGUGCACAGAGUCCAACUACCUGAAACCGUUCCGGCUGCUCUAUAAUCAGAAUGGCACAAAGAAAUCCUGGGACUUCAUGCGAACUCAUGACAGCGUAUCUGUGCUGAUCUUCAACACCACCUCACACUGUUUUGUCCUCGUCAAGCAGUUCCGUCCAGCUGUAUACAUGUGUGAGUGGGAAAAGGCCAAGACAAAGACCUCUCAGGGGGCCGAAAAGACCGAAGAGGGAGAAGCUUCCGAAUCUCAAGAGGGCCAGUCGGCCGCCACUGAAGAUACCUCUUCCCAGUGGCCCCCAGCCUCAGCAGGGGUCACCUACGAGCUCUGUGCCGGCCUGGUGGACAAACCGGACCUCCCACUGGAGGAGAUCGCCCGGCAGGAGGUGCUGGAGGAAUGUGGUUAUGACAUACCAGCUUCCAAGCUGAAAAGGAUUACUUCAUACAGAUCAGGUGUGGGUGUAACGGGUGCUAAGCAGACCAUGUUUUACGCCGAGGUGUCUGACGACAACUGUGUGAGCGCCGGUGGAGGCGAGCCACGCGAAGGGGAGCUUAUCGAGGUGGUCAAGGUCCCGUUGCACGAGGCCAUGACGUUUGCCUACGACGAACGUAUACCCAAAACUAUGGGCGUCAUUUUUAGUUUCAUCUGGUUCCAUAAUAACAUGUCUCCCAAGUACAAGAUAUCUACCAAUGUGUAACCGGCAUUAGUUAACCACUCUAUCAUUUACUGCAUAUUAAAGUCAAACACUGGUCCAGCGCACCCUCUGCUAUCCUCACAGCUCAUCAUCCUGUGUUGCCUUUUUUGCUUAUUGGAACACAAAGAAGGGUGGGCUCCUUGUCUUGUCCUUGUCACUUUUUUAUUUUUUUAAUGUUUUGAUAAUUCUCCUACAAAAAACAUUUUGCCAUAGCUGGUUUGCACUGGCGCAUUUUCUCUUCUUAAAUCCAUUUCGGUAAAUGCUAAUUAUUUAUUUUUAAUGUGCAAUCUCUUUAAAAUGGCUUCAUAUCACUGAUCAUAUUUGCCUGCACAAUUUUAGGAAGGCCCUGGCGCUUUUAAUGGAGUUCUUGAAUGGUUUACAUCACAGUGGCCAUCUUUUAGGUUCUACGUAGGUUAGGCAUGGGCCGGUCUGAGAUUCACAUGGUAUGAUAGCAUUGAGUAAAAAGACCAGUAUUAAGGUAUUUAUAUUAAUAUUGAAAACAAAAAACAUCUGUUUGGUUUUAUUUGAAACAGAAAAGCAGCAAGCAUUCUUAAAGUUGCUCAAAUCACAUUGAUUAUUACAGUUAUAUUGUUAUCUAGACUUUUUCUUAUGAUUUUGAUGCAUAGAAUAAACAACCACACCAUUACUGUCCAUGUUUGUUCAUGAACAGUCAAAUUUAUCAUUGUUUGUAGGCCAGGGUAAGUGAAGGAACCUUCCAUCAGCCAGCUGACUUUCAGUGCCCAGCAGCAUGUGUGGAAGGGAAAUGUUGCAUUAGUUUAUGCUUCAUAUGGAUGGAGAACACUCUGGUCACUCCAGUGUUUCCUGUGGCAUCUCAUUAAAUGGACUUUAACUGUGCUAUACCUUGAUAACAGUAACCAGCCCAUGCCUACUGUAGAUGGUAGCUAAAAUUUCUGGUUUAAAAGUAACAUCAAACUUCUCUCUUGAAAACUCAAAUAUACUGCACCUAACUUUGCAUUUAAUUUAACCGAAAUCUGAUAUAAGCAAUAGUAGCUUAAUCUGGCAAACAGCUAUGAUAAUGCAAGCACUCACCAUUCAGAAACACUGAAGCCCUAUUAUAUUUAUAACUAACCUAAAAGCAGCAUUUAACCAGGAUGUUAACACUAUAUACUCCAUCUUAGUCUCAUUGCAAAAUUGUCUUGCUGCAUGGCAACAUGCAACAGAUAGUUAUGUUUUGCAAUAGACUUUCACCGCGAGUCUGAAUUUUAAAACCAAGAACCACCCAGUUAUGUAAAAACAAUGUUCGUCAAAUUAGGUGUUCAUCAAGCCAUAUGUAGUUUCUCUAAACCCCAUCCUUUAAGCAAUAGCUGUUCUACCAUCCAAUGCUGAACAAUCACUUAUUGCGCCUGAAAUUAGUGCCAAUCGAGGUAUAGUGAACCCUCGAUUGCCACACAGGGAUACUACACAUCUAACUUUACUCUGAAGGUACUGAAGCACAAUCACGUUAGAAACACUGUGCAGCAAACGUAGGUCUCCUGGUAAAAAGGGGCAUUAUUAUAAAUAAAUCUAGCUCCAAGUUGAGUACUAACUUUUUAAAAAUGGAAGAUUGGAAACUUUUCUUUUUACAAAACCUCUUGCAGUAAUUAUUUGUCAUACCUUCUUCUGUGAUAGAAAUCAUUCUGCAGAUUAUUAAAGGCAGCUUUGUUUUAAAAGUUCUGGUUAAUCUAACCUUGUAGAUAAUUAGUAAGAAGAAUGAGGCCUUUUUUUACACUUUGGAUUUACAUCUUAGGAAUUUUAGGAAAACCAUAAUCAGCAUUUCCAAAAACAAAAUUCUUUCUAUUCACAAGUUAACUUGUAGGAAAAACCUCAAACUCUCAUUAACACACAGCUAAUCUCUGAACAUCAGCAAAUUGCCAAAUCUCAGGUCCAAGUAUUUAAACUUUAUAUUUCAACAAAUCUUUGAAUGUGACAAAGACCAGCAUGUCAUUAUAAUCCUAAAACAUCCCAUUUCAAAAUCGCUUCCAGCUUGUGAGGCUGUAGACAUACAAGUGUCCUCUGUUCACACAUAUAUUUACAUUGAAGAAGGGCUGGUAUUUCAUUAAUUAUUUCAUCUGUAAAAACAAAGUAACUCCCACAUAGAAGUGUUAAAAUAAUAUGCAAGAUCUGAAACAAAGGCCAUAGUGUUUGUGCAAGACAGUGAUGUUCGUGUAAAGCAGAUAACACGUCUCACAAUGAGAAGAAAGCAAAAUGCAACUGAUAUGUUAAGUGCUCGCCUGCGUAUAGUGCUGGUAUUCUGUUACCAUAGGAAUACCUUGGGAUAUAUAAGGCUGUUAUUUGAAAGAGUGUGAAGUGCAAUGUUAAAAAAAAAAAACUACUUUGAAAUAAUUAUAUGGUCAUUGUGUUUUUAGGAACAAGUUAAUAAAAUCAAAUUUGAACAUUGGCUAGUUGUUGAAACUUAAUUUUAGUUCACUUCAACAAUUAUGUAAAGAAAUUGUUUAUGUUUUUUUUUUUUUUUAAUAGGUGUUUUAGGAGUUUAAGAGGGUUUUACAUUGAGUUUCCUGCUUCUUUAGCAACAGCUGAUGCAGCACAGUAAAUCAGCAAAGCCCACUCAUUAGAACAGAUCAUAUAAAGAGAGUUUACAAAAACAGAACACUAUCUGCAUAAAGAGAAACUUUAAUGCAUCUCUGGUGUUUUAAGGCCCCCUUUACACCUGGUCGAGACCACCCUACAUUCUUGAGGACCUCUAAUACAGUUUGAACAUUAAUGGAUUACACAAAAUGUAGAAAACCUAAUUUCAGUGUGAGGGCACAAACAACGCUCCUCCACUUUAUUGGUAAGCCUUUUGCUGCUGCUUUCCUGGCCAUCCAAUCACUUUGCUACCAACAUUAGGAUCAUAUCUGCCCUAAGAUGUAAUUUAACAGUCUGCAUAAUGUCUGUAAGGGAGGUUUCUGCACCUCCACCAUCAGUUUCAGCUCCACAGAGGAGGACAAAACACCAUCAGUAUUUUCAUCAGCAGCAUUAGAGGAUGCAGGUAAAUUGAUAUUCUGUCAAGAGCAAAGCAUACAAUAAAUCAGGAUUUUGUGCAAUAACUUUAAUCGUGCGCAGCACUCUGUGCACAUAUCUCAAAGAGUGCAGGCACAAGGAAUCAUGCAUUUAAAAUCGGUGUUUUUUACUGAUCAUUCUGAGCUGAUCACACAAUGACUCUGAAGUCUGACCAUGGUUUUUAGGAGCCUCAAUCCAGCUAUAGUAUGGGAGUGUUACACUAAUUUAAGCUACUUGGAGUUCUGCCAGCCCAGUAUGGGUGUGAUUGAAUUCAUGUUCCUUUAAGUUCUCUGAUAACCAAGCCGUGCAGGUGUACAUGGGCCACACAUCAUGGAUGAGUUAAAACAGGCUCCUCCACACAGAAUCCGUGAACUAGACAUGCUGCCACCAUAAUAAUGAACUAUCAUGAUCUUACCACAGAAUUUUUUUGCAUGCUUCAAAAAGUCUGGGAACUCUUAACACUUUUUCACAAGUAACAGGGAUCCCACUAUGUUUUCGAUGCACCCCAAAAGACCUCUGCAGGAACCAUCCACGUUUAUGUCCUAGUACAGUUUUAGUUGUGAAGGGGGCCUAAGUAGCAUUUAGUUGGGCAGACCACUCAAGUUUUAAGGCAACAGAUUAGCUUUUCUGGUUUGAAGAAAUGCCUAGAAGGACCAGUGCACUGCCAUUUUCAUUUGUGGAAUAGGGGAAAGCUGACAAUCAAAUUUCAAGAUUCCUUUUUUUUUUUUUUUUACAUCAAUCAUGUUAUAAAAUUCAGUUUUUUACUCCGAUCCUGCAGUUUAGUUGGCUCAGCCUUAUUAGCAGGCAUCACGGUGCUUUUCCACCUUGAGGUCUUACUACUUGCACAAAGAAAUAUUACUUUUAAAUUAACCAUAAUAUAUUUGUUUGCUUUUCCAUUUAAGGAUUUUUUUUUUUUUGCCCUCAGCUCUAUUCAAAUAUAUGAAUAUAUUAUUAAAGCUGUACAUUGUGAGUCUUUUUUGCUUAGAUUUCUUGGCUAAUAACUUGUUGAUAUUCCCCAAAGAAUUAUAAAAAAUAAAUCAUCUUUUAACUUUACAAGGAAAUCAUUCAAAAUGAUUUCCUUGUAAAGGAAUUUUGAAAUUAAAACGCUAAGCCCGAUCACCCAAAACAUAACUCAACCUUUCAAAUACAUAUCAUAGAAACUCUGGAUUGAACCAACUUUCACAAUCAGAAACCACAACAUGUUUUAAUGCGUUAAUGUGAAAGAUGUCACAAUCAUAAGGCAGCUGUGGAUUUUUAAGUGCAAGUUAUUACUUCACUUUAUAAUAUAACCAGCAACUGUAUUUAUUUUACCUGUAGAAAAAUGAUCAAAUUGCUCAAGAAAAAAAUAAGCUUCUCAUUUUAAAAAGUUAACAAAGGCUAGAGCCAUAAACCAUUAGGAGAAAAAAUAUUUUCAUUGUAAUCACUGUAAAGUUUGCUUCUGGUUCUAUGUGUAAAUGUAACAAGAUAAAGCCAUUUAAACUUGAAGGCCAGUCUGUAACUGCAUGUGCCUAUCAAAUAUGGACAGCAUUGACAUACAGUAGUGUAUGUAAGCCUACUUGUUACUUUUUAUCUAUAUUUCCACUGCUGUUUUUGGGUUCCAUAUUUAGAUUGAAAACUAAGCCAGAAACCAAGUCAGUAGCAAUCAAGAGACAUUUAUAAUCCCUCAAGAAGGAUGGUUCAAAACCACUUUAAACAAUUGAAAAAAAUGUGGAGUUGCUUGCAUUCUCUCUACUUUUUUUCAUCCUAGGACAGACAAAUAGACGAGGCUGUGCUUCUUUAGCAAACUAUUAUAUGUUCAUAAAUAAAUAUACAGCACAUGCCUUUCUCCAAGAUGAAUCGAUUUGUGAUGAUGUAAAGCUCCAUUUGGAUUUACUGACAGCUUAAAAAAAGCCAUCAAAGGAAAAAGCAUCUCCAAAGUGCGUAGAUUAUGUAACUGAGAGUCAAUUGUUGGCGAGAAUUUGACUGCAAAAAGGCAAACGAGCAGCGUGGGCACUUCAGGUUCAGCUGGUUUAGCCUGCUUCACUAACAAGUCAGUUAUGCAUCGAAAGAUAAUGGGAAGUUAUGUUUGGCUAUAUUUCAAGAUAAUAGUUUUGCAGAGCCCGUGGAAACAAAACAAGCUUUGUUUCUUAAAAAGCAGGCUAGUCAAAUGUGUGGAAUUGUGGUAAAGAAGACCUUAAACAUGAUAAAUACCAAAACAAAAAAAACCAAAUUCACAUUUUUUUUCUUUCAGUUUAAUGAAAGCAACACAUUUGCAGAUUUUCAAGGAAACUUUUGAACAGACUAGUUUGUAAAAUAUUCACAAAAUUGGUCUAAUUGACAACUUGUCUGUGUUGUUUUUUAGUUUCUUUGCUGGGAAUGUUUUCUAGAUGUAAACUAUUCACCUAAACUUUGAAGAUGGUCGGAAAUUUCCAACCUUUGUUUUUUGCACAGCAUAAAUAACAUCAAUAUUUUAGGCUGAGAAGUGAAUUGUUCCUUUUUUAAGGCAGCCAACAGUUGGCUGUACAUUCAGAUCCACUUUUAGAGCAUCAGACUAUGGAUCUGUCUGUUACGCAUUUUGCAAGAAAACAAAUAUAUUUCCUAAAACAGCUUCCUUAAGUCUAACUGCUGUACAAGCCUAAAUUUCCAACUUUAUGACAGCAUUAAAUGCACUUUGGACAGUUUAGAGAGAGGUUACAGUCUGAGCCACAGGUAAGCCAUAUUUAUGCUACUUAAACAUACAGUAAUCUAAUAUUUAAUAUAAAUAAAUCAUGUAUGAGCUGGAUUUUAGCAACUUUCCCUGUGUUUCUACCUCCAUCAAUCAGAACAACAACCCACAACAAAGGUUUUCUUUUUUUGCUGUCUUUUAAGGCAUUUUAUGUGUCUUAAUACUCCACCACAUGUACAACAAGUCAACACUCAAUGGUUCUCAGUGGUCACAGAAUAAAAUCAUCAUUACAAGAAUUUUAUAAAUGUACAUGCUCUGUUUGCUUCUUCAAACGUGUUUUUGUUUUCUUUUUUUAAGGAUUUGUGCAUUUCUUUCACAACUUCAUACUGUGUUUUUCUGACGAUGUUUCAGCAGGGUUGGGCAUCGUUUGAAUUUGAACCAUUACAAUUCCGAUUCCUCUUUCGAUGCCCGAUUCCUAGCAAUUCCUAUUCUUUGCGAUGGUGAACGAAGUGGCACAUGGCGGACUUUGGUCAACUGUCUGACUAAUGUUAGCUGGGUUUUUUCAUUUUAGUUGACCCACUGUUUUAGGUUGAGUAUAACUUGGUAGCUGCCUCAUUGUUGGUAUGAGAUGGAUUUUUUGUUUUACUUACCUGAUUCUGACUGCAGUGUGGCACUAAGCUGAGUGUCAGAGCUGAAGGAAGAGGCAGCGGAGGAAGGCAGUGCAACGCCUCAAAGACGGGGCAUUCUGUUAUUUCUACACCAUAAAUCCAGAGGUGUUUAAUCAUGUUGGUCAUGCACCCUCCUUUGCAUGAUAUAAUCUUAUUGCAAGUGUUGCACUGAGCCGACUGGUCAUUUGUUUUAUGAAAGUUAAGCCACAUUUUCGAUUUGGAUUUUUCUUUGUUUUUGUUCAGUGGCUACUUCUUCCGGUUGGGUAUCAAAACUAGGAAUCAAAAUUUAAAAAUUUAAAUGAUUUCUGGAGAUUUGGAAUGUUAAUCCCGGUUCAAAUCGAAACCUGAUGCCCAAACCUAUGUUUUAAGGUGGGAACAUUUUUAAAGGUGCUAUGUGUAGUAUCCUCUAAGAGAAGAAGAUGUAUUGCUCUUAAAUAAUGCCACUGUUCAGGCCUGAACAGUGCCUAAUUACCUCUGCUCAUUUGACAUACAAUGGUUGUUGUUUUGCUAAGCAAACCUGAAAAAAUGCACUUUGAUUGUUGGACAAAGUGUGCAAGUCGGUCAUUUUUGCCACUUUUCUUGCAGUCUGGAAGUCAAUUUUUCGGAAAACGACUAUAAAGUGGCUCAUAGUGACUUUAUGUUGUAGCACUGGUUAAUCUAUUUGGUAAAGUAAUAUUCAGCGAAUAUCCUACACACAAUACCUUUAAGUGAAAGACAUGUUUGGAAUUUUUCUUAUUGUAAACAUGAGUCAAAUGGGAUUUUUGUUUUUCUCUUUUUUCUGGUGUCUUACUAAAAUUGUGUUUUUAAAAAAAACGUUUUCAUAAAAAAAGGUAUAAAUACAAACAUUGCAGAUUUAUUAAUUUCUGUAUUUAAUGGUUUGUUAAAAGUGUAUACACAUUGUGGGCGGUGUUUCUAGUAACGCUUAUGUUUUGUUAAUUUAUUACCUAAAUGUUGAAAUAUUUACAUUUCAAGUAAAAAAAACUUGGUACAAACAUACAGUGAUGAUUUAAACAUUGCAUGUGCACUAACUGUGUUGGAUUAAACUGCAUUACGUUCAAAAUAAAAUGUGUUUGAUGCCCAAAA